GCAUACUUUAUCUUGCCAUACAGCUAAAAGGUUACAGAGCUCAGGGAACUUCUAUUUCGCGGGCUCUUCCGGUGCUAGCAUUCGCGCGUCGACCGCUCCAGGAUGUCGCUCAACGCCUCGCUGGGCGGCCUGAAGAUCAAGGACCCAGAGGAGAUCGAGCGGCUCAUCAAGGAGAACAAUGACUUGAAAAGCCAAAUCGCCGGUGGCGGUGCCAGCUCCUCGUACCAGAUCCCGUACGAGGACCUGGAGGUCCAGGACCAGAUCGGCGGCGGCGGCUUCAGCCUGGUGUACCGGGGCUUCUGGAAGGGCACGCCCGUGGCCAUCAAGAAGUGGUUUGACCCCAACCACUCCGACCAGAUGGUGCAGGAGUUCAGGGAGGAGGUGAUGACGCUGGCGGACCUGCGCCACCCCAACGUGAUGCAGUUCCUGGGCGCCUGCAUGAAGCUGCCGCACCUGGCCAUGGUCACGGAGCACAUGCCCUUCAGCCUGCACCACGUGCUGUACCAGGCGGGUGUGGACCUGGACCGCAAGAAGCUGGUGGGCCUGGCGCAGGAUAUGGCGCGCGCCUUCAUCUACCUGCACUCGCGCAAGCCCGCCAUCGUGCACCGUGACAUCAAGCCCGCCAACUUCCUGGUGGACCGCGCCUGGAAGGUCAAGGUGUGCGACUUCGGCCUGGCCUCCAACAGCAAGGCGCAGGCGGGCGCCGGCACCCCGCAGUACAUGGCGCCGGAGCUGUGGGAGAACAAGCACUACAACGAGAAGGUGGACGUGUACGCGUUCGGCGUGAUGCUGAACGAGAUGAUCGCCAAGGAGCCGCCCUUCAACGGCGUGCCGCUGCUGGAGGUGCGGCAGGCGGUGCUGGACGGCAAGCGCCCAGACAUCCCGCUGUCGUGCCCCAAGGUGCUGUCUGACGUCAUCAAGAAGUGCUGGGACGCCUCCAGUGAGGCGCGGCCCAGCUUCGUGCAGAUCUUGGACGCCCUCAAGACCGCGGCGCAGUCGGUGUAGGGCAGUGUAGGGGGAGGCGGUAAGGGGAGGGCCUAGCGGGGUGUGUGGUGUGGGGCGGGCACAGGGCAGGGAAUGGGCAGGGCAGCUGGGGACUGCGACGCCAUGGCCUACGGGCAGGAGGCCGAGGCGCUAGGGCCCAGCGCCGUGGAGGGCAGGUGCAGGCAGCAGCAGAUGCAGCCACAUGCGCGGAGCAGGGGCGGGCGGGCGUGAUCACGGCGGGGCAUGCAGACCGGCUGGUGCGGUGGAGCGGCGUACAGCGGGCGUGCCGAAGAGCUUAGUGAACAGCGCGCAUUUACAGAACGGCUGGGCGGCUGGUGGGGCAGUGUGAAGUAGUAGACUAGUACUCUAGUAGUGCUGCGGCUGGUGAGGGCACAUGUCGGACAGUUUAUUUAUCAUGGAACGGACAUGCCCGCACGCUGCACAAGCGUGGGGUAAGUGGGGUCGGCAGGGCAGAGGCCAGAGCAAGGUUCUUGCGAUGGGAUGGACCUCAAUGACCAUCCUGAUUGCGGGCGCAGUCUUUCAUGUUUAUGGAAGACCUGGGCCACCGAAAGCUGUAAAGGCUUCUCUCCAGCUGGCUCCGCGUCCGCGCCAUCCGCCUUUGCCCAGUAUCGAGGUUCCGCCCUCGAGCGUUUGGAACUGGCGAGCCUCCCGCUUGCGGGUGCAGCCUGAGCAUUCACGCGGCCGCAUGCACGCGAUUGCAGCACUGCGCGGACGGGUCGUCGUCGUCUUACACCUUGGUUAUUUGGUUCUGGAGAAUUUGUUUCUUGGU